UUGCAUGUCUUGCAUGGAUUUUCUUGUGUUUGAGUAACGUGAAUGGGCAACUCAACUCGACGUAUUAUGAGAGUACAUGUCCAUUUCUAUUGUCGACAGUGAAAGCUGCGGUGACGGCUGCAGUCGCCAGUGAAAAACGAAUGGGCGCAUCGUUGGUCCGCCUUCAUUUCCACGACUGCUUUGUUAACGGGUGUGACGGGUCGGUGCUAUUGGAUGACUCGUCGACCAUAACUGGAGAAAAGACUGCGGUUCCUAAUAACAAUUCGCUCAGAGGAUUCGACGUGAUCGACACAAUCAAAUCAAAAGUGGAGGCAAUCUGCAGUGGAGUUGUGUCUUGUGCAGACAUUGUAGCCAUUGCUGCUCGUGAUUCUGUGGUCUCAUUGGGAGGGCCAUCAUGGACAGUACAGCUGGGAAGGAGAGACUCAUUAACAGCAAACCUAAGUGGGGCAAAUAACGAUAUUCCAGCUCCUACACUAAAUCUCAGCGGACUCAUCUCAGCUUUCACUGCCAAGGGUCUUUCUGCCAAGGACAUGAUUGUGCUUUCAGGUGCUCAUACGAUUGGUCAAGCUCGUUGUACCAACUUCAGAAGCCACAUCUACAACGAAACCAACAUCUUGAGUUCAUUCGCCACUUCCCUCCAGGCUAACUGCCCUUUCACUGGUGGAGACGAGAACCUGUCGCCCUUAGAUCUCCUGACCCCCACUACAUUUGAUAACUAUUACUACAAAAAUUUAAGAAGCCAGCUGGGACUUCUUCACUCCGAUCAAGAACUUUUUAAUGGUGGUUCUGCUGAUUCUCAGGUUACUACAUAUGGUAACAACCUGUUUACCUUCUUCAGUGAUUUUGCCACUUCCAUGGUGAAUAUGGGCAACAUCGAUCCCCUUACUGGUAGUAGCGGGGAAAUCCGAACAAAUUGCAGGAAGCCCAAUUGAAUGUGUCCUUCACAACUUGUAUCCGGAUUCUGUUCAUAAGGAACUAAAAUAUCACAAUAAUUCCG